AGCUAAUCACUCCAAUUUCGCCGAAAGUUUCUCACUUUCCUGUUUUCUCGGUCAUAAGAUUUGAACCACUCUUAGCCUUUGGGAUCAAAAGUCGAAAGCUUUAUGGCGCUUAAAGCAAAGCCAAGAUCUGAAAUGGAUAUCUCUGGUUGUUCUGCAAAUCAACAAUCAGAUGAUGUUAAUGGAGGUAGGUUUCAAGAAGAGGACGUAGAAGUUGAUAUCAUGAAGUGCGUGAAUCAGAGUGAUGAUGAGUUUCAAGAGGAUUUGUGUCAAGCUUCUUCUUCUUCGAGUUCUUUUGGUGAUUCAAUGUGUGCUCGUGAUGGUGAUGAUUUUGGUUUUGGUUUUGGUGAUGAAGCACAAUCAAUGUUAAGUCAAGAUUAUCCAUUACCUGGAACUUGUGAUGAUGGGACUGAGAUUUUGGGUUUGACUAAGAAGAAGACUAAUGAUCGGUGGAGGAGAUUGACUAGGCCUUUAAUGUGGAGAUGUAAGUGGAUAGAGCUUAAGGUUAAGGAGAUUCAGUCUCAAGCUAGAGGGUAUGAGAAAGAAGUUAAAGAUUACUAUUUGACUAAACAGUUUGAUUUGGAGAAGUCGAAAUUGGAAGGCUUUGAUGGGAAAUCGAUUCCUUUUCGUGAAAAAACACAAAGGAUGAAUGUUUUUAAGAGAGGAAGAAGGAAACGAGUGGAAGAGAGUACAGAUGUUGCUGCUUAUAUGUCUAACCAUAAUCUUUUCUCUUAUGCUGACAAGCGGGUGCCGGUAAACGUUAAAGCGCAGUAUCUUGAUUCCGAUUUUGGUACAGGCUGCAAAGCUACGGGCAAGCAAGAUGGAAUUGAAGAUGAUAGUCUUAUUUCUGAGUUAGAUUGUUCUGAUGAUGUACUUGCAAAGCUUCUGUGUAAGAUUGAUGAGGCACAGGGAAAAGCAAGAAGAUUGAGGAAGCGUGUUGAUCAGUUGAUGUGGGAUUCUCAGACUGCUCAUACAUCAUCAAUGCCUAAAACGGUAGCUCCCUGUCAUAGAGACUCUACGAUACAAAAUGGCAAGAAAUGUGCACUUAUUGAAGACCCGUUGGCUCGUAGGCAGAGAGAGGCGAGUGUACCAAUUGGUAGACAAUGUAUACCUGCUGAUCAUAUCGAACAUCUAUUGGUGCCUCAGACACAAAUUGCUGGGCAACGUUUGACUAACAACUCUCCAAUUUCAUCUCAAAGCUUGAGAUUUCACCCUAUCCUUGAAGACCUGCUAAUGGAUGAAACAGAGAUGAAUGAUGAUGAAAUGGAAGCGGACGACGAGAAGCUUGAUUAUUUCAGGAAGCUAAUCAAUGAGAUUACAGGCGUGCCUCCGGAAGAAGCAGAUGCAGAAGAAGUUCCUACACCGGUCAGCAAGAAGCGGAAAACUUCUCACUGAAGCUCUCUCUGUACAGAGCCUUAUCUUCCUACCUGAUCAGCUAAAACUCAUGUCCAUAAAGCUCUCCAAAGAUAGUAAAAUUGGUAGAUUCCG